CUCCGAAUAAUGGUUUUUAGCGCAAACUGCAAGUCCAAACUGUUUUGUCCAAGAUCGCAAGUUUGAGUCGUUCGUCUGAACUGAUCGGAGUACUGCUAUACUGCACACAUCAUCUCGUGUUUUUCUAUCUGCACUACCUCUGUACCCGCACAUAUUAUGGCACCUGACGGGCGACGUGGCAGUUCGAAUCGUGGGCGUGGGCGACCUCGCGGAUCCGGACGUGGUGUCACCAACACAAGACGAAGCACCCGAAGCGCAACUACUAAUCCCGGUAUCACCAAAAAGAAAUCGGCAAUGGAACAACAAUUAGAACUACUGAAGAAACAGAUCGCUGAUCUAUCGGCAUCCGUCGCCACAGUAGUUCCGGCAUCCGACAACAGUGUGCGGUCGUUUUCUCCGUUAUCAAGCCGUGUUCGAAUCGAGAACUCCGGCAAGUCCGGCAAGUCCGCCAGUUUACAGCACCGCCUGCGCGACCUAUCACCUGUGUCUGACCCAGAUAAAUCGAUUUCUCAUGUUAGCGCCAAAUGCCGAUUUGAACCCCACGCCAGUGCCGGAAAAUAUCUUGCGCGAGCUUUACGAUUAUCACCUGAUGUAUCAUUAAAUUCUCUUGACUCAACUAUUAAUAAACUGCGUUCUAAUCAUAUUGCGACAUCUUCCCGGAAAACUUAUCAGAGUGCGUUAAACAGAUUUAUUGAGUUUUGCAGAAAGUUUCGCCUGUCUUCGGCACACAUUACUAAAUCUACCGUAUUACGUUACGUGGCAUUUCUCUUCGAAAGCGGCUUAUCUUAUUCAUCAGCUAAAGUUUAUUUAUCAGCACUUUUUAAUGCAUUCAGAGAAUGUGGUCUCAGUUUUGAGUUCAAUGCACCGAAUAUUUCACAAUGUCUCAUUGGUUACAAGCGUCUGCGCGGUACUGUUUCUGAUCGUAGACUACCAAUUACUAUCGAUCAUAUGCGAAUUAUGAAACUUAACAUCGACUGCUCCUCCCUUCUGUCACCCUAUGAAAAACAGUUAUACUGGAGCAUGUUUACAUUGUGUUUCUUUGCUUUUCUGCGCAUUGGAGAAAUUAUCCCAUUAUCUGGAAGCCACUUUAUAUUGUUCAAGGAUGUGUCAUAUGAAAAAGGGAAGGUUUAUUUACACCUCCGGUCAUCUAAAACUGACCAAUAUCGCGAAGGUUGUCGCAUUUCGUUACAGGCUUCCGGUCGGUCAGUCUGUGCUGUACGGGCGAUGCGGAGCUACCUAGCACUUAGAAAAAGUCUAAAAAGCCCGCACACUGCCCUGUACCUCACCGCCGAUGGCCUGCCGGUGCAGAGAUGUGCCUUUACUCGCGAGCUCUCUUUGGCUUUACACGGAGUUCCUAAUAAUCAUCUGUUCACCCCACACAGUUUCCGGAUAGGUGCCGCUUCCAGUGCAGCCGCUAAUGGAACACCAUUUCACGACAUUCAGCGUGCCGGACGCUGGAGAUCUGAUGCUUACGCAUCCUAUAUACGCCAGGAAGUUCCACUAACCGGCAUAUCGCUUUACCCAAAGCCUUAAUUUGGGGCCGUUGUUUGGGGGGUUCGGCUUGCAGGGGAACGGCCAGCUGGCAUGCUCCCGCACACCCGCUACACGGGCAUUCGGGACUGUCACGCUGAGCGGUACAGCGCACUGGAUGUGCCUGCUACAGCCCGUUCUCAAACAACCGACAUCCUGCAAACGCCCAAUUUCAAUACCGUCCCGCCAUUUGAAAGCGAAUGCAAAUUAAAGAUAAAUUAAAUUUAUUUAAUUGCGGUUAAUUUGCAUGAGCGGCAGUUGUUUUCCCAGACAGCCCACCGCUGGUUUCCGUGGCAACAUCCUACACAUGAUGCUAUAGUAGAGUAUUACCUUACAUUGCUGUAUAGCAUGUGUUUAAUCAUUCAUAUUCGGCAUUUCAUUACAUGUCUACACUUGACUUCAGCUUUGCUCCGAAUAAUGGUUUUUAGCGCAAACUGCAAGUCCAAACUGUUUUCCCAACCCACCCGCCCUAUGUGCGGUGAUGUGUUUGUACCGUACAUUUGUUCACAAUAAAAAGGGGUUCGGCUUGCAGGGGAACGGCCAGCUGGCAUGCUCCCGCACACCCGCUACACGGGCAUUCGGGACUGUCACGCUGAGCGGUACAGCGCACUGGAUGUGCCUGCUACAGCCC